UAAGUACUGAGAAGAAUCGAGGACCUAAGAAGCGAUACGAAGCGUUACAUGUCAAAAGAAGAAGAAGAAGAAGAAGUCUAGUAGGGCAGAGGCGAGGAGUGUGGGAAGCCUGCCAGCCUCAAAUGUAAACAAUGAACGCGGCCAAGCUGAAGGGUCAUUACAAAGAAAGGAUACGUGUAACAAAGCUCAAGAGGCUAAAAAAAGAAGAGGAUGUGCUGAAGAAAAUCUUGAGGAAGUACAAAGAUAAUCUGCAUGCUCUACAGAUAGAGGAGCUGACCAUCAAACACCAUCUGAGCAAAAUGAGAACCCGUGACACUGAUGCUCUUCCCGACACUGAUGAUGUGCAAGUCCUUAGAACUAUGGACCACAGCCAUCUAGCUGAAAAGGAGGCUCUCAACUUGACACCAAUUAAUACUGAAAAAACUCCAUUAAUCCAAAGAAUGUUGAAUGACUACGUGACCUAUGAUGAAGAAGAGGAGGAUGAUAUAUGAGUCAAGUAUGUUUUCAAUGAGCUUACCUCUGCCUCCUCAGGAGACCAAGGGAUUCAUUCGAGCCGCAUUAGACAUGGCCAUGAGCGGUGGAUCACCAGCCAUGAUGCGGGGCUCCUACACAGGACAAAUGGUUCCUACAUCACAGUCAGGAGGACAAGGGAUUCAGCAAGGGAGUGGUGACUCUUCUCACACACAGACACACCCACAGAAGAACACUGCUUUGUUGUGUAAAGUUGGCUGUGAGACUGUUCAAGAAGUUGUCAUGAGGACGUGUGAAGUCUUCGCUCACUUGAAGAAUGUUCAACUUCCCAAUGGCACGGUUCAGGGGGCGCAGAUGAGCAGUGAGAAAAAAGCAAAGAUUCAAGACAACCUUAAUGCUAUUCAGCGCCACUUCAAGCCUCUCAGAGCAAUUUACACUAGAGUGAAUGAUGAUUGUGCUGGGAUGGAGUACACUCACAUUGAGAGUCUUAUCCCUUACAAGGAAGAGGGGGACAGCAGAGCAGAUCACAAAAAAAUAGGAGACAAUUAUCGCUGCCUGGUAGAGGAGUCCAGGGAGCUGAAGGAGCAACUGUACCUGAAGGCUCGCUACAUGAAGGAAAUCAUUGACCAGUUGCGCAAGAUCAUAUGGGAAGUCAACACCAUGCUGGCCAUGAGCAACACCUAAGCAGGUGUACCCAAGAGGAGUGAAGUUAAGACUGAUAAAAUAUAAUUGGGAAAAGGAGGUACUGAACAUUAUAAUUUGUCCAGUCAGCUGAGAGGGCAAAGACAACAUGUAACCAGAGGAAAAGUGUGAAAUGAACACCCAAGCCCUAGACCCACUGGCUCAGCUGGAGUUGCAGGAUGAUGCUGCUACCUCCAGUCUUCUGGAUUCACCUUGGUACUAAGACAUUUAUAUCAAGAUUAAUUUGGCCAUUAUUUUGUUGGCUACAAACCAGUAUUUCUCAACUUUGUAUUACUGUUACAAUGAAAAUAAAUCAUUAUGAAGAUA